AUGGCAUACUCAUCCUCCAACAGCGACUCUACUGACAUAGAGAACUGCAGCUCCGAAUCCAACCUGAGCCUCUCAGUGGGCUACUUCCCCUGCGAGGAUACCUUGUUCUAUGAGGACACAGCCCCCUGUGAGGACAAGCCCUCCGAGGGUAUUUCAGACUCCUUCUUCCCUCCUAUCCAAAGGACAUGGCGGACUGAAAAUAUAGGGAGACCCAUGGGGAGACGAGACCAAAUUCAGGACAACCCACAGCAGUUUUGCAAACUAAGCAUCGCUCUAGCCUGGGACGUUGAUGUGGACUCUAACAACUCAGACUCGAUAGCUAAUUGGGAUCUAAAUGGAGACAAUCAGUGGAUGGACAAAUAUCUAGAUACAAAGACACAUUUGACUCUCAGCAAACUGGAUGGUCUUGUGCAAAAGCUUGAGGAAUUUCUUGAAAAUCAGAAUGAUGAUGAAGAUGAUGAUUCUGUUUCCCAUGAAUCUGCUCAGGAAGAAGAUCUCCAGCCAUCCAGCAGUUCCCCUCCAGAUAUGGGUAAAAUGAUAAGCCAAAGGACAAGCACUACAGAUAUCUCCUCAAACUCAUCAAGUCAGCCAGUGAGGGAAGACUCUCCCUCCAAUGUAAGAGCUUUAUCCUGUCUAAACUUUGGCUGGGUCUUCCGCUGGCUGUGGCAGCAAGUCUUCUCCUCAUUACUGGGAAGAGAACACCCCGAGAGGGCCACUGAGAGCCCUCACCAGCUGGCAGAGAAGAAAAGACUCUCUCGCAGAAGCAAGAGAAUCCAACCCCAAGAACCACUAGAAUUAGGACACCCUGUGUCACCAGAAUUUUUAACAAUCUGA